AUGGCGAGCGGACGCCUGCUCAUGACCAUGUGUGAUGCCGCCGAAAAGUCGCGCCUCGUAUCCAGCGACACUGCCGCUUUGGCUAAUGCUGCUACUACUCCGGCCAAAACUGGAGCCAGCGUGAAAAAAGAUCCUGAUUCUCCGUCCUCUUCGUAUCUUUAUAACCUGGCCAUGGUCGACUUGGGCAUUUGGGGCGACUUGGCCCUCCGAACAUGGGUCAAUAUCAAUCCUUCCACACAGUGGGCUAAUCGCCAGAUUGAGCCAUAUCGAGGACUUCCCUUCGGGACGUAUCUGCACUCUGCACGACCCCGGCGGCAGCGAACACUCACUGGUCCGUUGGAUCCCGCGCAGGAAUCGUUAUGGCACCGAGUACAGGUCCUCUCAUCGCUGGAAUCAGAACAGCGAACUGAUGAGCAGCUGGAUUGUGCCUUCCUCGCCAAGCUGCCAUAUGAUGUCCGCCUGAUCAUCUACGACAUGGUCCUUGGCGGCAACACUCUCCAUCUGGAAGCCGCCAACCCCAAGAGUCGCAUCUUGCAUUCCGUUUGUCGACAUCCUGAGAGGAUCGACAAUCCGGGUGUCCACAUCGACUGCUCAUACCAUUCUGCAGUGCAAGCAACGUCAAUACCUCGCGAGGAUUGUCGAGAUGCCACCGGUUUUCUACCUCUCCUUGUGACUUGCCGCAAGAUCUAUUCCGAGGCCAUCGGCUCGCUGUACAACGGCAAUACCUUCGAAUUCACCCAGAACUUUGCCGCCUUUACUUUCUUGAAGUACAUGCUGCCGCCGCAGCGUUUGCAGAGUAUUCGACACCUGCGCCUCCAUCUUCGGAUCCCGCGGCACCCGAAUUUGAACACUCGUGCGCUGCGCGACUGGCAGGACCUGUGGACUUUCUUCGGCGACGAAAUGACAGGCCUGCAGAGUCUCUACCUUCAACUGCAGAUGCUGCAACCGAUGGAGGCACAUAUAGAAUCGACCAGCGAUGACGAGGCCGAGGACUGGAUCAGGCCAAUGGUUCUGAUGGCGGUGGACGCUCGCCAGAAACGGGGUUGCAAGGUGGAAUUGGAGACGCGCAAGGUCAGGCAUGAGCCUUCCAAGAUCUUCCAGCAGACGACGAUGCAGUAUCCAAAUGCCAGCACCGAUGAGGUGCUCAGCCUGACUUGUACAGCGCUGCACCAGCGGAUCCGGCUGUCAUUGGGGUGA